AUGUUUGCCAUUAGUCUGUACGGAUUGGCCCUCUCUCUGGGAGGAGCAACGGCAGCUUUCGCUUUCUGGAAAUUUCUCAAUCUCCUUAUCCUUCCCUACACCUCUUCCUUGCGCUAUCUACCCGGUCCUCCUAGCUCGAGCUGGAUCUAUGGCAAUCUGAAAGAGAUAUUUCAUGCUGACAAUUCUGUCCUCCAUGAAACGUGGUUCGAAAAGUACGGUGCCACCAUCCGAUAUAAAACGCUAUUCAAUAGCGAUCGCCUCUCUACCAUGGAUACGAAGGCGUUGAAUCAUAUUCUCACUCAUCCCUCAAUUUAUCACAAGACAGCAGAAGCUCGUUACAAUCUAGCUAGGGUGCUCGGUAAUGGCCUUGUGGUCGUAGAAGAUGAACAACAUAGGAAGCAGAGAAAGAUCAUGAACCCUGCCUUUGGUUCUGCUCAAGUGCGUGAUCUGACUGAGAUCUUCAUGGCGAAGGCCAAUGAGCUGCGAGAUCUCUGGGCAGCGGAGGUUUCUCAGAGUGCAGACCCAGUUCGACUUGACGUGUCCCUUGGAUUGUCUAGGAUGACUCUGGACGUGAUUGGAAUAGCUGGAUUUGACUACAAAUUCGAUGCUCUGAACCCCAGUGGCGCAGCCAACGAAUUAAAUGAAGCCUUCAAAUCAGCAUUCAGAGCUGUAUCGACCGCCAGCUUCUCUGUCAUACGUAUGUUGCAAGCCAAUUAUUCUGUGUUUCGCAUUUUACCUGACAAAGUAACAAGGAAAGUCGUUACUGCGCGAACCAAGAUGGAGAGAAUCGGUAUGCAGCUGGUGGCGGACAAAAAGAUGGCUGUCGUCGAAGCACUGCAAGGAAAUUCGAAGGGUGGCGAAUUACAGAACCGUGACUUACUGACUCUGCUCAUCAAGGCCAAUAUGUCGCCUAACGUUCCGGAGAGUCAGCGACUCUCUGAUAAUGAGGUUUUAGCUCAGGUGCCAACAUUUUUGGCGGCCGGACAUGAGACGACGAGUAACGCCACUACGUGGUGUCUCUGGGCUCUAGCUCAAGUCCCGAAAAUACAGCAGAAAUUGCGCACAGAGAUCCUCAGCGUCCCCACAGAGAAUCCGACUAUGGAAGAAGUGCAGGCCCUGCCGUAUCUGGAUGCCAUCGUGCGCGAGACGAUGCGACUGCACGCACCGAUUCCUGCUAUUUUCAGGGUGGCGACUCGGGACGACGUCAUUCCUCUGGAGACACCUUUCGUUGACGUUCGAGGACAGACGCACAACUACAUCAGAAUCGACAAAGGGAGUGAUAUAUUCAUCUCCGUUUUGGCUCUCAGCAGGGCAAAAUCGCUGUGGGGCGAAGAUGCCCACGAGUUCAAGCCAGAACGUUGGAUCUCAGGCGUGCCAGACGCCGUAGCCAGCAUCUCGGGCGUAUGGGGUAACACACUCAGCUUCAAUGGGGGCCCCCGCUCCUGCAUUGGUUACCGCUUCGCCAUCGUGGAAAUAAAAUGUCUAAUAUUCGCACUCGUGCGAGCCUUCGAGUUCUCGCUUGCCCUGCCUGUGGAGGAGAUCGUGAAAAGGGCUCUUAUCGUCUCCCGCCCGCUAGUCCGCAGUGAGAUGGAGAAGGGAGCUCAGAUGCCCUUGCUUUUGAAGCCGUAUCGGCCCGCUUAA